GGGUUUUUAGUCUAAACAAAUACAUGCCUUUCAACUCAUCGUAGUAAACAGUUCCCAGAAAUGGAAAGCGCCCACACUAAAUCAGCAUCCGAAGUUUUAGCAUACUUCAAUGUGAACGAAAAUACUGGACUGACGCUUGAAAAUGUGAAAAUCAAUUUUGAGAAAUAUGGACCAAACGAGCUCCCAGCUGAAGAAGGCAAAUCCUUGUGGGAACUGGUAAUUGAGCAGUUUGAAGACCUCCUGGUGAGGAUCCUGUUACUCGCUGCCUGCGUCUCAUUUGUAUUGGCUCUGUUUGAGGAGGGUGAAGAGACCACCACUGCCUUUGUGGAACCUAUAGUCAUCCUGUUAAUCCUAGUGGCCAAUGCAGUUAUCGGAGUCUGGCAGGAGCGGAACGCCGAGAAUGCCAUCGAGGCUCUUAAGGAGUAUGAACCCGAGAUGGGAAAAGUGUACAGAAUGAACCGGAAAGCCGUCCAGAGGAUCAAAGCGAGGGAUAUUGUCCCCGGAGACAUCGUAGAGGUGGCUGUUGGGGACAAAGUUCCUGCAGACAUCAGGAUAACCUCAAUUAAAUCCACGACUCUCCGAGUGGACCAGUCCAUUCUUACAGGAGAGUCCGUGUCUGUCAUUAAGCACACCGACCCCGUCCCAGAUCCUCGGGCUGUUAAUCAGGACAAGAAGAACAUGCUUUUUUCGGGCACCAAUAUUGCAGCUGGUCGGGCCAUCGGCGUGGUGGUCUCCACCGGCGUUUCCACGGAGAUCGGAAAGAUCCGGAACCAGAUGGCUGCGACGGAACAGGAGAAGACUCCUCUGCAGCAGAAGCUGGAUGAGUUCGGGCAGCAGCUCUCCAAGGUCAUUUCCCUCAUCUGCGUGGCCGUCUGGGUCAUCAACAUCGGGCACUUCGCCGACCCUGUCCACGGCGGCUCCUGGGUGCGAGGCGCCAUCUACUACUUCAAGAUCGCCGUGGCGUUGGCGGUGGCCGCCAUCCCCGAAGGCCUGCCAGCUGUCAUUACCACCUGCCUGGCGCUGGGCACGCGACGCAUGGCCAAGAAGAACGCCAUCGUCCGCUCCCUGCCCUCCGUAGAGACCCUGGGCUGCACCUCAGUCAUCUGCUCUGACAAGACUGGCACCCUCACGACCAAUCAGAUGUCGGUGUGCAGGAUGUUUGUGGUUGAAAAAGCAGAUGACUCCAACUGUUCCCUGCAUGAGUUUUCAGUCACAGGCUCUACGUACGCCCCAGAGGGACAAGUGCUGAAAGGCGAUAAGCCAGUUCUGAGUGGAGACUAUGACGGCUUGGUGGAAUUGGCCACUAUCUGUUCCAUGUGUAAUGACUCCUCUUUGGACUACAAUGAGGCUAAAGGUGUGUAUGAGAAGGUGGGCGAGGCCACGGAGACAGCCUUGACUACGCUGGUGGAGAAGAUGAACGUGUUUAAGGAAGACCUGUCCAAAUGCACCAAGGUGGAGAGAGCUGGUGCCUGCAACUCGGUGAUAAGACAGCUGAUGAAGAAGGAGUUUACUCUGGAGUUUUCUCGUGACAGGAAGUCCAUGUCUGUGUACUGCACGCCCACCAAAGACAACUCCCAGGCCAAGAUGUUUGUCAAGGGUGCUCCUGAGAGUGUGAUUGAGCGCUGUGAGUUCGUGCGCGUUGGCUCGGGGAAGGUGCGGCUGACCAUGGCGGUGAAGGAGCAGCUGAUGAGCACCAUCCGCGACUGGGGCACGGGCAGAGACACGCUCCGCUGCCUGGCGCUGGCCACCCGAGACGCUCCGCCACGCAGAGAGGAGAUGAACCUGGAAGACUGCACCAAGUUCUCAUCCUACGAGUCGGAUCUAACCUUCGUCGGCUGCGUGGGGAUGUUGGACCCGCCCAGGAAGGAGGUGAUUGGUUCGGUGACGCUGUGUAAGGAUGCGGGCAUCCGCGUCAUCAUGAUCACGGGAGACAACAAAGGCACGGCCGUGGCCAUCUGCCGUCGCAUCGGCAUCUUCGGCGAGAACGAGGACGUGAUGGGCAAGGCCUACACGGGUCGCGAGUUCGACGACCUCUCGCCCGAGGCCCAGCGCGAGGCGGUGAAACGGGCGAGGUGUUUCGCCCGCGUGGAACCCGCUCACAAGUCGAAGAUCGUGGGCUACCUGCAGUCGUUUGACGAGAUCACGGCCAUGACUGGUGAUGGAGUGAACGACGCCCCGGCUCUGAAGAAGGCGGAGAUCGGUAUUGCCAUGGGCUCGGGCACGGCGGUGGCGAAGUCGGCCUCGGAGAUGGUGCUGUCUGACGACAACUUCUCCACCAUCGUGGCGGCCGUGGAGGAGGGCCGAGCCAUUUACAACAACAUGAAACAGUUCAUCCGCUACCUCAUCUCCUCCAACGUCGGAGAGGUCGUCUGUAUCUUCCUGACUGCUAUUCUGGGUUUGCCUGAGGCACUGAUCCCAGUACAGUUGUUGUGGGUGAAUCUGGUUACCGACGGCCUUCCCGCCACUGCCCUGGGAUUCAACCCCCCUGACCUGGACAUCAUGGACAAACCGCCCCGCAACCCCAAAGAGCCCCUCAUCUCCGGCUGGCUAUUCUUCAGAUACCUGGCCAUUGGAGGCUAUGUGGGUUUGGGCACAGUGGGAGCUGCUACCUGGUGGUACCUGUUUGACGACGAGGGACCGCAGGUGUCCUUCUACCAACUGAGACACUUCAUGCAGUGCACAGAGGACAACCCUAUGUUUGAAGGCAUCGACUGCGAGGUGUUUGAGUCCCGUUACCCUACCACCAUGGCCCUCUCCGUGCUGGUCACCAUAGAGAUGUUUAACGCACUCAACAGUCUGUCAGAGAACCAGUCUCUGUUGAGGAUGCCUCCGUGGGUUAACAUCUGGCUGCUGGGAGCCAUGUUUCUCUCCCUGUCUCUACACUUCCUUAUCCUGUAUGUGGAGCCCCUCCCACUCAUUUUCCAGGUGACCCCUCUGCGCUGGUCCCAGUGGAUUGUGGUCUUCAAAAUCUCCAUUCCUGUGAUCUUAUUGGAUGAGGCUCUCAAGUACAUCUCCCGCCACCAUUUAGAAGGGGAGGAAGAGGCAAAAUACAUGAAGAGUCGGCAGCUGAAAUUUUAGGACACCCAAUACACACUCACGCACACACACGCAGAGUACACACACAACCCUUCCCUUUAAGCUUUUAAGAUUCCUUCCUGCACAAAUACACACACACACAUAUAUACACACACACACAUAUAUACACACACACCUGUGCUCCUCACCUUGCAAUAUAGAGCUCCAUCCAUCCUCAGUCCUGUUCCACUUUGUGCAGCAUGUUUAAAAAAAAAAAAAAAAGGAAAAAAAAAAAAGAAAAAAAACACCACUAGAAAUGAGCAGG